CCUGCCCGGCCCUCGGUGGGUGAGUGCGCGAGCGCGGGGCGGACGCGGGGUCCUCGCGGCUGGGCGCGGGAGGGGGGCGCCGCCUGUCAUCGCGGGGACUCGCCGACUCUGCCGGUGGCCUCUCCCGGCCCGGGGGCCGGCGGAGUGGGCAGAGCCGCGGCCGGAGCGUCUGGCGCCUGCGGGGGGCGCGCGGCGCGGGGUCCCGGCGGCCGCCUGAGCCCCCGCGGCUCCAGCCAUGCCAGGGUGGCCCUGGGGGCUGCUGCUGGCGGCGGGCACCCUCUCGGCCGCGCUGGGCCCGGGCCCGCCGGUCCAGCCCGACCCGUGCCACGACGAGGGCGGCGCCCCCCGCAGCUGCGUGCCGGGGCUGGUGAACGCCGCGCUGGGCCGCGAGGUGCGGGCGUCCAGCACGUGCGGCCGGCCAGCCUCGCGGACCUGCGAUGCCUCGGACCCGCGGCGGGCACACCCCGCCGCCCUCCUGACCUCGGCGGGGGCCGCGCCCGGGCCCCUGUGCUGGCGCUCCGAGGCGCUCACGCAGUCACCCCUCAACGUGACCCUGACGGUGCCGCUGGGCAAGGCCUUCGAGCUGGUGUUCGUCAGUGUGCGCUUCUGUUCUGCACCGCCGGCCGCCGUGGCCCUGCUCAAGUCACAGGACCACGGACGCAGCUGGGCCCCCCUGGGCUUCUUCUCCGCCCGCUGCGGUCACGACUUUGGCCGCCCGCCGGCCCCCGCCCAUGGUCCCCCUGGGCCAGGACCUGAAGCCCUGUGCUUCCCAGCGCCCCAGGCCCUGCCUGGAGGGGGUGGCCUGCUGGCCUUCAGUGUGCAGGACGGCAGCCCGCCAGGCCUGGACCUGGACAGCAGCCCGGUGCUCCAGGACUGGGUGACAGCCACCGACAUCCAGGUGGUGCUCACCAGGCCUGCCACUACAGGGGACACGUGGGACUCGACAGCCACCGGCACUUACUCCUACUCUGCCGCGGAGCUUCAGGUGGGCGGGCGCUGCAAAUGCAAUGGGCACGCGGCGCGGUGCCGCCCGGACCCACAGGGCCAUCUGCUGUGUGACUGCCAGCACGGCACCGAAGGCCCCGACUGCAGCCGCUGCAAACCCUUCUACUGUGACCGGCCAUGGCAGCGUGCCACGGCCCGGGAAGCCCACGCCUGCCUGGCUUGCUCCUGCAACGGCCACGCCCGCCGCUGCCGCUUCAACAUGGAGCUGUUCCGCCUCUCGGGCCGCCGCAGCGGGGGCGUCUGCCUCAACUGCCGCCACAACACCGCCGGCCGCCACUGCCACUACUGCCGGGAGGGCUUCUACCGGGACCCGGGCCGGCCCCUGAGUGACCGCCGCGCUUGCCGCGCCUGUGACUGUCACCCUGUUGGUGCCGCUGGCAAAACCUGCAACCAGACCACAGGCCAGUGUCCCUGCAAGGACGGCGUGGCCGGCCUCACGUGUGACCGCUGUGCGCCUGGCUUCCAGCAGAGCCGCUCCCCGGUGGCGCCCUGUGUCAGUGAGUGGCCUCUCUGCCAGCCGCCGCAGCUCCCCACUGCCCGCGCCCUCACAAACGCGGCCGUACCCCUCCUCUCUGCAGAGACCCCGGACCCCAGGCCCACGGAGGAGAGCAGCCCCACGAAGCCCCAGGGUGAGUGCUCCAUCCCGCCGAGGGCGCGGGCGGGCCGCGGGGAGGGUGGAGCUCAGCGUGUCCUGCUCCGCAGACUGCACUUCGCACUGCCAGCCUGCACGUGGCAGCUACCGCAUCAGCCUGAAGAAGUUCUGCAGGAAGGACUACGCGGUGCAGGUGGCGGUGGGCGCGGCAGGCGAGGCGCGCGGCGCGUGGACGCGCUUCCCGGUGGCCGUGCUCGCCGUGUUCCGGAGCGGCGAGGAGCGCGCGCGGCGCGGGAGCAGCGCGCUGUGGGUGCCGGCGCGGGACGCGGCCUGCGGGUGCCCGCGCCUGCUGCCGGGGCGCCGCUACCUCCUGCUGGGGGGCGGGCCGGGCUCCGGGGCGCCGGGGGCCCGGGGGCCCGGACUCAGCGCCACCCGCGGGAGCCUCGUGCUGCCGUGGCGGGACGCGUGGACGCGGCGCCUGCGGAGGCUGCAGCGGCGCGAGCGGCGGGGGCGCUGCGAGGCGGCCUAGGCCGUGGGGUGUCCCCGCCCGCGCCUCCGCCACAGGACGUGACGGCGUCUCCUUGGAGCUGCCCGGAGCCCCGUCUGGCCUCCGCGGACGACCGCCCCUCCUCAGGGGUCCCGGGCAGCCUCGAAGGCCGUGAACGCCUCCGAGAGGCCACGGACUUGGGGGGCUCUGCGCGCAUCAGCCCGCCGUGGCCACCCCCUCCCCCAGAGCGCGACCCCUUCCUACAGGCCCCCGAGGCGACGCCGAAGCCCCAGGAGCUGCGGUGCCCCUGCCGCAUCCGCGUCGCCGUUGCCCGUGGCGCUGCCCCGCCGCCGGGCACCCGCGCGCAGCUCCGGCCCCGAAGACCCCCAGCCCAGUCCUGGCGCCGCGUCUCCGCGUGCUCGGGCCAGGCGUCGCGCCACGCGGACGCGCGCUGCCAGGGCUCACGUGCCAUCCACGGCCCGGAGACCCCCGCGGGCGGCCCUCCGGGGUCCCGGCACCCCUGACCCAAGCCCCCAGGGCGCGGGUCCCCGCGGAUGGGCUCCCGCAGCGCCGGGCCGCGCAUGCUCCCCCAGCGGGCCGCGGGGCGCG